UUCAAAUUCCACCCUUUUUCUCUCCCACGACGAUUCACAGAGGGUGAUAUCAUACGAGCAGAACCUCUCUCUCGAUCUAAACCGAAAUCAUCACUCGAUCGCUAUCAAAUCGAUCAAUUCGGACGGAGAUUCAGUGUAGUUCUCUCUCUGUUCGAGUUGUUUUGCCGGAUCUCUCACUCGGAUCUUAGGGCUCUGGAUUUAGUCACGGAUUUCCAAUCAAAAGGCUAAUCUUUUGAUCUUCAACAAUGCCUCUCAGACUCGACAUCAAGAGGAAACUUGCUCAAAGAUCAGAAAGAGUAAAAUCCGUGGAUCUGCAUCCGACGGAGCCAUGGAUCCUCACAAGUUUGUAUUCAGGAACAGUCUGCAUCUGGGAUUAUCAGUCUCAGACAAUGGCAAAAUCCUUUGAGGUUACUGAGUUACCAGUCAGAUCAGCAAAGUUUGUAGCACGCAAGCAGUGGGUUGUUGCCGGUGCGGAUGACAUGUUUAUCCGAGUGUACAAUUACAAUACAAUGGAUAAAGUCAAAGUAUUCGAGGCACAUACAGAUUAUAUUAGGUGCGUGGCUGUCCACCCUACCCUCCCAUAUAUACUGUCUUCUUCUGAUGACAUGCUUAUAAAGCUAUGGGACUGGGAGAAGAGUUGGUAUUGUCAACAAAUCUUUGAGGGACAUUCCCAUUAUGUCAUGCAAGUGACAAUCAAUCCUAAGGACACCAAUACUUUUGCAAGUGCAUCGCUUGAUCGUACCAUAAAGAUCUGGAAUCUUGGCUCACCUGAUCCUAACUUCACACUAGAUGCCCAUCUCAAAGGAGUGAAUUGUGUGGAUUAUUUCACGGGUGGUGAUAAACCUUAUCUGAUUACAGGAUCAGAUGAUCACACUGCUAAGGUGUGGGAUUAUCAAACCAAAACCUGUGUCCAGACUUUAGAAGGUCACACACAUAACGUUUCUGCUGUGUGCUUUCACCCUGAGUUGCCAAUAAUAAUCACAGGUUCUGAGGAUGGUACCGUCCGUAUAUGGCAUUCAACCACUUAUAGACUUGAGAACACUUUGAAUUAUGGACUCGAAAGGGUUUGGGCUAUUGGAUACAUGAAAGGUUCACGACGGAUUGCCAUUGGCUAUGAUGAAGGGACUAUAAUGGUGAAAGUUGGUAGGGAAGAGCCUGUAGCUAGCAUGGACAACAGUGGAAAAAUUAUAUGGGCUAAGCAUAAUGAAAUUCAGACCGUUAACAUCAAGAGUGUGGGAGCUGAUUAUGAGGUCUCUGAUGGGGAGAGGUUGCCUUUAGCAGUUAAAGAGUUGGGAACAUGCGAUCUCUACCCACAAAGUUUGAAACACAAUCCAAAUGGGAGGUUUGUAGUUGUAUGUGGUGAUGGUGAAUACAUCAUAUACACAGCUUUGGCCUGGAGAAAUAGAUCCUUUGGCUCUGCAUUGGAGAUUGUUUGGUCAUCUGAUGGUGAAUAUGCUGUCAGGGAGAGCACUACUAAGAUUAAGAUUUUUAACAAAUCUUUUCAGGAAAAGAAGAGCAUUCGCCCGACAUUUUCUGCCGAGCGAAUAUAUGGAGGAUCUUUGCUAGCAAUGUGCUCAAAUGAUUUUAUAUGUUUCUAUGAUUGGGCUGAGUGCAGAUUGAUUCAACGGAUUGAUGUUAAUGUCAAGAAUCUUUACUGGGCCGACAGUGGUGAUAUGGUGGUAAUUGCCAGUGAUUCAUCAUUCUACAUACUGAAGUACAACCGUGAUGUAGUGUCAGCACAUCUAGAUAGUGGAAGAUCUGUAGACGAGCAAGGUAUCGACCAGUCCUUUGAACCUCUCUAUGAAGUCGAUGAAAGAGUUAGAACUGGAUUGUGGGUUGGGGACUGUUUUAUUUACAAUAAUUCUUCCUGGAGACUCAACUACUGUGUUGGUGGCGAGGUGACCACAAUGUUUCAUCUGGAUAGGCCAAUGUAUCUUCUAGGAUACCUAGCUAAUCAAAGCAGGGUUUAUCUCAUUGAUAAGGAGUUUAAUGUCAUCGGAUACACAUUGUUGCUCACCUUGAUCGAGUAUAAGACACUUGUGAUGCGUGGAGACCUAGAACAAGCUAGUGCUGUAUUGCCUUUAAUUCCAAAGGAUCAUCAUAAUAGUGUUGCUCACUUUUUGGAAUCACGAGGAAUGAUUGAGGAGGCUUUGGAAGUUGCUACAGAUCCCGACUAUAGAUUUGAGCUAGCCAUUCAGCUUGGUAAACUAGAGAUUGCAAAGGAUAUUGCUCUAGUAGCACAGAGCGAGACAAAAUGGAAGCAGUUGGGUGAAUUAGCCAUGUCUACUGGACUGUUGGGAAUGGCUGAAGAUUGUUUGAAGCAUGCAAACGAUUUGAGUGGUCUGCUGCUGCUGUAUUCUUCUUUGGGAGAUGCUGAAGAGAUAGCAAAACUUGCAUCUCUUGCAAAAGAGAGUGGAAAAAACAAUGUCGCUUUUGUUUGUCUAUUUAUGCUGGGUAAAUUGGAAGACUGUCUACAGUUGUUGGUCGACAGCAAUCGGAUACCUGAGGCUGCUCUGAUGGCACGGUCUUAUCUUCCAAGCAAGGUUUCAGAAAUAGUUGCUCUUUGGAGAAAAGACCUUAACAAGGUUAACCAGAAAGCAGCAGAAUCUUUAGCAGAUCCUGAAGAGUAUCCAAAUAUGUUUGAGGACUGGCAAGUUGCACUUGAAGUUGAAGCAAGAGCUGCAGAGACAAGGGAUAGUUAUCCUCCGGCAGCAGAGUAUGUAAAUUAUGUUGAUAGAUCCCACGUCAACCUAGUGGAGGUCUUCAAAAACAUGCAGUUGGACGUUGAGGAACCACAUGAAAAUGGAGGGUUGGAUCAUGAGGGUCUUGAACAAACCGAUAAGGAAGAGGAAUUUGUUGAUGGUCAAGAAGUGAGUCAAGAAGAGAGCCAAGAAGAAGACACUGCUGCAAUGGAUAAUGAUUCUUCAGACGGUGCUGUACUCGUUAACGGUAACGAGGCUGAAGAAGAGUGGGUGCUUACACCACGUCAUCAAGUCAACUGACUCAAGACGUUUCCUGCUUCACGCAACUCCUUCAGGUACGUGUUCGUGGUGUAAUUUUGUAAGCGCGUCGAUUUUGUAUUUUGGGACAUAUAUGAUAUAGACUUCAACUUCAGCUUAGUACUUUGAGUUUAGUUACUCUUUAGGUACUUCCAUCGAUAUUCUUUUUGAGGCGAUAAUUUUUCAUCCUUCAGAUCAUCUUUAUACUUUGUUAUUGUGAAUGUAAAAAACAUUUUAUAGCCUGUAGUAGGGGUGCGAGAGGUGACAACGGUCCUAUAAUUGUUUUCGUUUUGAUUGUAACGUUUAUUUGCACUCCGUUAGGAUUCUUGUGGUCGUGAAUCCUCUAUAUAUUUUCUUCGGUUAAUUGGAGUUUGCUUUGAUGCUAAA